GAACCACAUGUUUGCGCUUUGGCAGCAUGAGUUCAUCAGGAAUUUGGAAGAACCUCAAAUUUCUCUUCAAGUUUGUAGUAGACAACUUCCUAUCCGUGGUGACCGUACCAAUAGCGGCAGCCACUAUUGUUUUGGUAGCAAGGCUCGGACCAGAUGAGAUCCUGGGUCGGCUCAGAGCCCUUACACCUGCAUACCUCUUCUUGUCAUGCUUCCUCCCAGCCUCUGCAGUUACCAUGUAUCUAUUAUCACAGCCACGGAAGGUGUGCCUCGUCGACUACGCCUGCUUCCAUGGCACUCAUCUGAACCGCGUCCCCUUUUCCGCAUUCUUGGAGUGCGCACGCCAAUCGACUACGCUCAACGAGCGGAGCAUUCGUUUCAUGUCGCGGCUUCUUGAGAGCUCAGGGCUCGGCGAGGAGACCUGCUUGCCCACACCAGUCCACUAUAUCCCAUGGAAGAAGUACUUAACAUUAGAGGCCGCCCGCGAAGAGGCUGAGCUCGUGGUCUUCUCAGCCAUUGACGAAUUAUUUUCCAAGACAAACGUCUGUCCUGACACUAUCGACAUAUUAGUCGUCAAUUGCAGCGGCUUCAAUCCCACACCAUCCUUCAUUGAUAUGAUAAUAAACAAGUACAAGCUACGAGGCGACAUCCGCAGUGUGCACCUAUCUGGAAUGGGGUGCAGCGCUGGGCUGAUAUCGGUUGAGGCUGCGAGGAACCUUCUACAGACCGCGCGCCGAGGCGCACGAGCGUUGGUGGUAUCUACGGAAACUCUAUCCCCCCUCCUUUAUGAUGGGAAUGAGCGAGCCAUGCUUCUGCCGUUUUGCCUGUUCCGCAUGGGCGGAGCAGCGGUGCUACUGUCCACGUCCACCGCCAAAGCCCGACUGCAGCUCAUGUCUGUCGUGCGUACGCUCACCGCUGCGGAUGACAACUCGUACAAGUGCAUUCAUCGGGAGGAGGAUGACAAGGGGCACACGGGUGUCAAUCUCUCCAAGGACCUUAUCGCCGCUGCCGGCCGAACUCUCAAAGCCAACAUCACCACCCUUGCACCCAUCAUCCUCCCAAUCUCAGAAAAACUUUUGUUUGCAAUGUCCUUCGUGGCACAAAAGCUGUCAAGCGGGCGUUCUAAAGUGUACAUACCCAACUUCCUCACAGCCAUUGAGCAUUUUUGCAUACACGCGGGUGGGACUGCAGUCAUCGAUGAGGUUCAACGCAACCUCAGCUUGUCCAACGAGCAUGUUGAGCCGUCGAGGAUGACCCUGCAUCGCUUCGGAAACACAUCCAGCAGCUCAACUUGGUAUGAGCUAGCAUACAUUGAGGCCAAGGGCCAUAUGCAUCGCGGUGAUCGUGUAUGGAUGAUCGGCUUUGGAUCAGGAUUCAAAUGCAAUAGUGUGGUGUGGAAGUGCAUCGCUCCAGCUCCCAACACCAAUGGACCAUGGGCAGGGUGCAUCCACCGCUAUCCAGUCCAGAUCAAGUCCCCCAAAACAAGCACCGGCAAUACACGGAUGGCAGGUCACAACAAUAAGCAGUUGAGAGACACUUGAAACGGGCUAACAAAAGGAUGCUUUGUUUCUUUUUUUUUUACCCGCUUUGAUUUCUAAAAAAAAUAGGGAGUACAAGGGAAGGCAAAGCCUCACUGUUAUAAUGUACCAUCUCCAUUAUUGUACCUGUACACCGCAGAAAAUAUAGUACUCAAUCUUUUCUUACCUUCUAA